GCGUCGAGGAUUAUAGCUGUGUUUGAUACCAGUGCAACGGAUAGCAUCAAUUUCCGCGACUUUGUGAAUGUGCUGAAUGUAUUCCAUGAAGAGUCCGAUGGCGACGAGAAACUCGAGUUUGCAUUUCGGAUCUAUGAUAUAGACAACGACGGCUUUAUUAGCCCCAGUGAG